AUGGCUUCCAAUAUUUUCUCCCGGCUUGCUCCGCAGUCCCGAGGCUCGAGGUCGUUCUACGAAGAACUGAGGGGCAAACGGGACGGGGAUAUGGACAUUGAAGAGCAGGCUGGCCUCGAUAUUGACGAAGAGAACCUGAAAGAGCGAUUUCAAGACUAUGAUAUCGACCACGUACAAGAUCUUGCAAUCGAAGACAGUAGAGCGACUCUGGAGAGCAAUGCCAACCUCAGAAACCCACCUGGCACAACUGGCAGCGGAACACAGGACAGGGCAAACAGGCGUGCGCCUAACUCUAAGUGGCUUAGCCAGGAAGAUGACGGUGAUAAUGACGUUCCGGCAUCAUUGCUAUUCGAGCCACACGAAGCCGAGGUUGAGGCAAACGGAGCCGCGCGAAAGAUGGCAUCCAUGCCAGGGCGGCAGAAUGCAAUCCCUGGCCCCUCUAACCGACGAACCCAUGCCCAGUGGGAGACGACGCAAGCACAACAGAGGCUUCAUCCUUCAGAUAGUAUCAAACCGACCAGGUCUCAACCUAAGCGACUUGCAAGGGGCCUUGCAUCUGGAAGCGAGAAGGAGAAGGCCCUGUGGAGAUGGGUGAAUGUUUCCAAUCUUGACUUCUUCGUGCAGGACGUCUACUACUACUACCGAGGCAGCGGCUUUUGGUGUAUUGUGUGUGCUCGCGCUCUUCACCUAGUGGAAUCUGCUUUCUUCGCUGUCUUCCUCACCUUCCUAACUCAGUGCGUCGAAUACACCAAGAUACCCAAUAGCAGGUCGCUAAAGGAUGUGACGAUUCCCCAGUGCACCAGGAAGAUGUCGUUCAUGUGGAACGUUGGUCUUUGGUUGUACGUCUUCUAUUUCGUUUGGAAGACAGUCCAGUUCACCAUGGACCUCCGGCGUCUUAGCAACAUGCGCAACUUCUACAUCCACCUACUUGAGAUACCGGAGGAAGACAUGCAGACCGUUUCCUGGCAAGAUAUUGUUGCCCGUGUCAUGGCGCUGCGGGAUGCCAACCCCAAGACAGCCAUCAAUGUCACUCCAUCGGCGCGACAGUGGAUGCGCAAUCAGUCCAAGGAGAGGCUAGACGCCGCAGACAUCGCCAACCGCCUCAUGCGACGGGAAAACUACCUGAUAGCCAUGAUGAACAAGGACAUCCUUGACCUUACACUCCCGAUACCCUUUGUAAGAAAACAUCAGUUCUUCUCGAGGAGUCUGGAAUGGAACCUACAUUUUGCCAUUUUGACCUACGUCUUCGACGGGAACAAUCAGGUACAUCAGGAAUUUCUCAAAGCCGAUCGCCGCGGCUUGCUGAGCGCGAAGCUGAAAUCGCGGCUUGUGUUCGCUGGCAUCAUCAACUUGCUGAUCGGCCCUUUCGUGGUUGCAUAUCUCAUCGUCGUCCACGCCUUCACAUAUUACAACGAGUAUCAGAAAGACCCGUCCACCUUUAGUCACAGGCGAUACACACCUCUUGCCGAAUGGAAGUUCCGAGAGUUCAACGAGGUCCCGCACCUCUUUCAGGAGCGCAUCAACAUGUCAUACCCGUUCGCCAGCCGUUACAUCGACCAGUUCCCGAAGAAAAUGACGGAGCAGUUCGCCAGGACUGUCACCUUUGUCGCGGGAGCCAUCACCUCGGUCCUUGCUGUUGCGUCGUUUCUAGACCCUCAGCUUUUUCUCGGAUUUGAGAUCACUACCGAACGAUCAGCUCUGUUUUACAUUGGCUUGUUUGCUGCGAUUUGGGCGGCUGCCAGAGGUAUGAUUUCAGAGGAAACGACAGUGUUCGACCCAGACUACGCUCUCCGCAAUGUCAUCGAAUACACUCGUUACAUGCCAGACAACUGGAAAGACCGUCUCCACACAGCCGAUGUCAAGCGGGAGUUUUCAGAACUAUACAAGCUGAAGAUGCUGAUUCUCGUCGAGGAGAUCCUCGGCAUUCUGACCGCUUCCUUGGUGUUGAUUUAUUCAGCACCCAAGUGCAGCGACCAAAUUAUCGACUUCUUCCGCGAAUUCACCAUUCAUGUGGAUGGCGUUGGCUACAUAUGUUCGUUUGCUGAGUUCGAUUUCAAGAAAGGUGUGGGCAAGACCAAACAGGCAACAGGCGCAGGCGAUGUUCGCGAAGAUUACUAUUCCACGAAACACAACAAGAUGGCGGCGUCUUACUACGGCUUCUUAGACAACUAUGUGAUUAACCCGAAAACUGGUAUACCAGGCCACUUACCUCCAGGAAGUCGACAAACCUUCCACCCUCCGCCGGCGUUCCCGGGACUGAGCUCUCCAACACUAGCGGCCGAAAUGCAGGGUUCCAGAAUGGGCCGACAAGACCUUGCGAGAAGCCGAGCACCUAGCGGAGGACCUGGACCGCAAACCCGAACACCGAGGUUCGGACCAUCAAUGACGGCCCCAUCGCCGAUGGCAUCAAUGCUUCUCGACCCACACCACCACCCUGCUGGGACAGGGUUCGGCGCCCGAAGUACGCAUCGGAGCCGAGCGGCGCGGGGCGGAUAUCAGGGUGAAGGCAUCAUUGAAGAAUCAGUAGAAGACGGGCGAGGCUUGGACAGCCGCUUGCAAUCGCACGGAGCACACGACGACGAUGCGUUUGGCGGCUCAGGUCCAUUAGAAGAGUCGGUCUGGGAAACGUCGCCUCCAAAGGGUCUCAGCCGUGAGAACAGUUUGGCGGGCACGAGCGAACCAGACGCCGGGGUGCUAGGGCUGAUAUACCAGUUCCAGCAGGCCCACCGCAACAACCCGUAA